AUGUUGGAAUUCGGCUGUUUGGAGCGACCGUUGGCGAAGUUCUUCCACGGCUACGGCGCCUUUGUUUCGCGUCAUCCGUUUCCAUUCGUAGCCUUUCCAGUUCUCCUCACUCUAUAUUUAUCGACAGGUUUUUUCUACCUCAAUCCACAAACAGAUGCAAUUUAUUUGUACACACCUACUGAUGCACCUUCGAAGAUUGAACGACAGAUUAUCCAUGACCUAUGGCCGCUGGGUGAAGACAACUACGUCCCUGGCAGAGCCGUGACGCAGAGCCGUGAAGCACAGAUUACUGUAGUCGCCAAGGACGGUGGCAACAUUCUCCUGCCAGAAUAUGCGAGAUCAAUCAAGCGACUGGAUAUGUAUAUUCAGAAUCGAAUCAAGGUGAAAUUCCGAAAUCGCACUUAUACCUAUCGCGACCUAUGUCUGCGCUGGAAAAGUAAGGGAUGUCCUGGGAACAAUCACAUCCAGAUUAUCUCCGAGCUCUACAAUCACGGAAUCAACAUCACGUAUCCAACGUUUAGAAUGGGAACCAGAAGUGGCUACCUGGGUGCUGGUAUUGGCGGAGUCUCUUUGGGCCGCGACGACAACGGGACCGUAAUUCUUGCCUCAGCGCGAGCUUGGCUAAUGAUUUAUCAGUUGAAAUUCUUCCCCACCAAUGUCUCGUACGUUUCGGGAGUUUGGGAAAAGACAUUCAAACUUCACAUGGAUAAUUACCCGGAAGAUCCGUACAUCUCUAUCACGUACUUCCAUUCACAAACACUUGCUGAGGAGCUGAAACGAAACGCAGACAGCCUGGCUCCUAGAUUUAUUUCCGCAUUUGUGAUUCUUGUCAUUUUCGCCGUGAUCUGCUCAAUGGUCAUGAUUAAAGGGACCUUCUACUUUGAUUGGGUUCUCUCGAAACCGAUUCUAUCCAUAUUUGGCGUAAUCAAUGCUGGAAUGGGUAUAGCGAGCGCAAUGGGCGGCUUAGUGCUGCUGAACGUGCAGUACAACGACAUAGUCGCUGUUAUGCCGUUUUUGGUUGUCGCUGUCGGGACGGAUAACAUGUUUCUAAUGGUGGCCGCCGUGAAACGAACGUCACGAGCUCUCUCGGUGGAGGAACGGAUUGGCGAAUGUAUGGCGGAUGCUGCUGUUUCGAUUCUGAUCACUGCGCUCACAGAUGCAUUCUCGUUCGGUGUUGGCACUAUAACAACGAUCCCUGCAGUGCAAAUCUUUUGUAUCUACACUUGCUGUGCCUUAGUGCUGACGUUUCUGUAUCAGGUCACGUUCUUCUGUGCUCUGCUUGCAUUAGCGACAAAAUGGGAAGCGGAAGGACGUCACUGCCUCUGGCUAAAGGCCACAAUUGCUCCUAAGGUAGCCUCAUCUCCCUCAACCCGACUGCUCUGGCUUGGAUCUCGUCCACAUCCUGAUGCUGGCCACGCUUCGAACCGAAAAGACUGUGCCGCCACGAAAUUUUUCCAGAACUGGUAUGCUCCAAUUCUCAUGCAACCAGCCAUUAAAGCUCUUGCUGGGUUGUGGUACUGUAUCUAUGUGGGUUUCGCUGUGUACGGUUGCAUGCAUCUGAGGGAAGGAUUGGAGCCGGUCAACCUUUUGGUAGACGAUUCCUAUGCAAAACCCCACUAUCUAUCUUUGGAACGGCAUUUCUGGCAUUAUGGAGCAACAUUGCAGAUCGUGGUCAGCAGCGCUCCGAAUCUACGGGAUUCAAAUGAGCGAAAAAGAGUGAAUGAGAUGGUCCACGCAUUCGCAAACGCUCCGCAUGCGAUCGGUGACGAAAGUGUGCAAUUCUGGAUGAAGGAGAUGGAACGUUACUAUGUACUCGAGCACAACGUAACAGUUAGAGAUGAAGCAUUCUACGAAAUGAGUUCACAUUAUCUCUACACGCAUGAAUCGGAACCAUGGAUGGAAGAUGUGAAGUGGGCGUUGGAUGUGCAUGAUCGACCGUAUAUCUACGCAUUCAGAUUCCUGAUAGGGAUGCGUGAUAUAUCGAGCACCACACAACAACAAGCGGCUACGAAGAGCUUCCGUGAGAUUGCAGCACGAUAUGCCGACUACAAUGUCACAACAUUCAUGCCGUUGUGGUUGUUCACUGAUCAGUACGAUCUGGUCGUGCCGAAUACGGUGCAAGACAUCGUUAUAGCUGUCCUAUGCAUGUUGUUCAUAGCGUUUCUGCUUAUUCCACAACCGUUUUGCGCCCUUUGGGUCGCAUUUACCAUAGGAUCGAUUGAUCUUGGUGUACUUGGUUAUAUGACCUUAUGGGGUGUGAAUUUGGACGCCAUCUCAAUGAUCACAAUCAUCAUGUCGGUUGGAUUCUCUGUGGAUUAUUCUGCUCACAUUGCCUAUGGAUAUGUGAUUUCAAAAGAGCCUGACCCUCGCGAGAGGGUUCGCGAUGCAUUGGGUGAUCUGGGAUGGCCUGUAGUACAAGGUGCUGCAUCCACGAUUCUUGCUGUCGCGGUAUUGGCAGACGUGCCUGCCUAUAUGAUCGUCACAUUUUUCAAGACGGUGUUCUUAGCGAUUUCUAUAGGUCUUCUGCACGGCCUCAUUUUUCUUCCACUGAUGCUUUCUCUUUUUGUCCGAGGAUUUUGCACAGUUGGUUCCAGAACAGUCGAAGAACCGGCAUCAAUACCGAUCGCCACUGCGGCACCACCUCUGAUUCCACCUGGUCCAAAAAGGCAUCCGCCUCCAGAGACACCACCACCAAAACCGCCCAUGCUUCCGCCAGGAAUGUACCCAUACGGUUUCCAUGAAAUGCACCAAUUUGUCAGAGGGACUGUUCGAAAUUCGUCACAAUGGUUAGAGUCGAAAUUUGCGGACGCUUUUGAAGCUUCUCCACCGAACUCAACGAUUCUGGACGCACCGCCUCUGGUGCCGACAAGACCGCCAAGCACACAGCACGAGCGGUUACAGAUCCGACCAUCAUUGCCACCGAAAGAUUUCAGAUGCUAG